AUGCUGCAUGCACUGCUCAAGGCUACUGUAGUCGUUUCAUUUGCUGUCUCAGCUUACGCUCAAAUAUUUACAACGACCAACGACUUGGGGCUGACUGUUGUUGAGGAGCUCACGUUGAACCCACAAGGAAUUGAUACGACGCUGAUUCUCUCGACGCUCACUGGAGUGUCAUCGGCUACAACGGGUACAUCGACUAACACCAAAACAGCUACCUCGACACCGACGACGGCGUUAGCGGCGACGACAGCAGCGACGACAGCGGCGGCCCCCGCCACUACAGCCCCUCAGAUCGUUGAAGCACCCACCAGCACGGUCGCAGCUCCCACCGUUUACUUCUACACUACAACGAAUGCUGCAGGUGCAACUGUGCAGCUAACGGCUACCUUUACGCCCUCAUUUGCGCCCACGACCUUGCCAUCGUAUGCAUCGACUGGCACUAUUCUGCAAUACAGCGCGUGGCUCAGCGCCGUCGGCACCAGCACUGUUCCUGCAAGCGGCGCCGCCAUUGCGCGAUGGAGGCUGGAUGGCACCUGGCUAGCUGUGGGCGCUGCGACUCUGACAGCCAUGCUGGGCGGCAUGUUGGUUACUCUGGUGUGA